AUGAAACCUGCUUUGGUCUUCUUGAUUCUUGCAUAUGUCGCAGCAGACAGACAUCAACGACAUCGAAAUUGUGGUUUGCCAACAUUCACAAGUCGUCUACCGAAAAAUGCACAAGAACAAAUUCUCAAGAUUUGGGAGAAUUACGAAGAUGGCGAUGAUUGUGACAAAGAGUAUCGAGAAACCAAGCAAGUGCAGGAAAUGGACCUGAUUGAGACAGAUAAAAAUUUUGCUAUGAUGGAAGCCGUUUUCGAAUCAGAGGAGAACCUAAGAAGAGGAAAGACGACCAAGCGGUAUGGGACUGUCGAUGCAUUGCCUGAAGACGUACGUUCACGUGCUAUCCGAUCAAAAGGUCCACGAUUUCUCAAAAACGUUUCCAGUGAUGCCCGCGCACAAUUCGACGCUCUAUGGAAGAACUACACCAUUUCAAAGGAUGACAAAAUGGAGAAACUGAAAGAGCUUGCCGAAAGGUUACUAAAAAAGGACCAGUUGGAGGAGUUCAACAAAUUCUACGCAGCAAUGCAGCGUCGAAAGGAAGAAUUUCAGAGAAAGGUAGAUCAGCUUACACCAGAAGCUCGAGCUGCACACGACAAACUCGUCAAACUUAGAGAGGAGAGGAAUAAAAUCUUCAUGGAAGCUAGCGAGGGCGUGAGAACCGAACUGAACAAUCUCUACCACGAUGCUCGUAGACGACACGACCAAGAAAGACGAAAGACCACUGGAGUUGCUAACAGUGAAUAG